AGUGCAGCAGGAUCCUAUCUCGGUUCCGCCGACGUUGGACUUCGUCAGCCGGUGUAAAACACGCCGUCCUAUCGCUGCUCGCUGCUGUUUGGAGCGCCUGUAUUGAUCCGGCUAAAAAAUCGCAACCACUGUGGCGCCUUUUCUCCUUAAUUUUGCGCGCGCACCAAAACCUCGUUUUGUUCCAGGGAUACUUAUUUCAUCAAAGAAGUCUGGGAUUCAUCGGGAAUUGGGAAUAUUGUGGGCAGCAGCAUCGUUCGGAGAGGAGGAGAGGAGAGGGAAUGGAUGCUCGCAGCCGAGCAGAGGCGCACCGAGGCAUCCGUCAGUCAGACCCCGGUCCUCUGUGAUGCGGCUGGGGAUCCGGUGCUGUGGAAAACCCGGGAAUCGACGACUGCUUUUAGAACCUUCACAGACCAGACAGAACCCGGCCGGUACUUGGUAUUCAGCACAUGCGGAGGAGCUGGGAAAGCCUCGUCAAUCUGCUGUUGUCCUCCGGAAAAAAGGGGGAAAGCACAUCCAAGGCUUUAAUUUCCAAAUUCCCCUGUCAUCUUCUCAGAGGCUUGUUUUCUUCCCGUAGACCUGCUGGUUGUCACUUCUCCUGUUAGAGUGGAGCCAACUCUAACAUUUUACCCAAGUGUGCAGGAGAGGAACGCGCUGGCAUCUGUCCAUGCGCACUCAUUUUUUAUCAUUAUUUUCAUUAUGAAGCUGUGACCCCAGCUGUGGCAGCCUCCGCUCUUUCUCCACGUGUUUUCAUGUCACAACCGAGGACCAGAUUCUGAAUGAAAGUGGAAUUAUUCCCAUUUUCCCCCGGCAUUUCGGUGACGCAACAUCUCCUGGAGACUGCAUGACAAAUACAUGCGUGGAAAGGGCGUGAACUUGCAGCCACUAACCUCCUCUUCACCCAUAAAGCCUUUACUUUUUCCAUAAGGUCAAUUUGCGCUUUUGCGCAUCUCCUCCAUCCAUCAUUUCUGUCUGAAUCCAAACUCAUCUCACAGAAAUCAUGGAUCUCAAAGCAGACUCGGACGACAUGGACUACAAGCGGCCAGCUCCCAUUGAAGUUUUCGCCACCAGGUCCACCCUUCACGGCAUCUCGCACAUGUUCACUUAUGAGCGCAUGUGCCUGAAGCGCACCCUGUGGAUUCUGUUUUUCAUGCUCUCCGUGGGGGUUCUGGUGAUGGUGUGCGUGGACAGGGUGCAGUUUUACUUUGAGUACCCGCAUGUCACCAAGCUGGAUGAGGUGGCAGCGUCAAUGAUCGUGUUCCCCGCAAUCACCUUCUGUAAUCUCAACUCCUUCCGCUUCAGCCGGGUGACUCGCAACGACCUGUACCACGCCGGGGAGCUCCUUGCCUUGCUCAACGGCAGGUACGAGAUCCGAGAUCCACACUUGGUCGAGGAAAAUGUCCUCCAGGUCCUGAAGGAAAGGGCGGACUUUGAAAGCUAUAAGCCGCGCUCCUUCAACAUGCGUGAAUUCUAUGACCGAACGGGCCACGACAUCAAGGACAUGCUGCUUUCCUGCUCCUAUAGAGGCACUGAAUGUAGUGCUGAAAACUUCAAAGUGAUAUUCACCCGGUAUGGAAAAUGCUACACAUUUAAUUCAGGCAAAGAUGGACAACCCCUGAUGGUGACAAUGAAAGGCGGGACGGGCAACGGGCUGGAGCUGAUGUUAGACAUCCAGCAAGAUGAGUACCUACCUGUGUGGGGAGAGACCGACGAGACGUCGUUUGAAGCCGGGAUCAAAGUUCAAAUCCAUACCCAGGAUGAGCCGCCGUUCAUAGACCAGCUGGGGUUCGGAGUGGCACCGGGGUUUCAGACUUUUGUCUCCUGUCAAGAACAACGGCUGACGUACCUGCCUCCACCGUGGGGCGACUGCAAGUCUACUCCGAUGGACUCGGACUUCUUUAACUCUUACAGCAUAACUGCCUGCAGGAUCGACUGUGAGACACGAUACCUGGUGGAGAACUGCAACUGCCGGAUGGUCCACAUGCCUGGAGAUGCCCCAUACUGCAGCCCGGAGCAGUACAAGGAGUGUGCAGAUCCGGCCUUAGACUUUCUUGUCGAAAGGGACAAUGACUACUGUGUGUGCGAGACGCCAUGCAACCUGACGAGAUACGGCAAAGAGCUGUCUUUUGUCAAGAUCCCCAGCAAAGCAUCCGCAAAGUACCUGGCCAAGAAAUUCAACAAAACAGAGCAGUACAUAGCCGAUAACAUUCUGGUUUUGGAUAUCUUCUUUGAAGCUCUGAACUACGAAACCAUUGAACAAAAGAAAGCCUACGAACUGGCAGGCCUUCUGGGCGAUAUUGGAGGUCAGAUGGGCCUGUUCAUCGGGGCCAGCAUCCUCACUGUUCUCGAGCUCUUUGACUAUCUAUAUGAGAUUCUAAAGUACAAGCUGUGCAGAUGCAUGAAGAAGAAACACAAAACCCGCAACAACAACGACCGCGGAGCUGUGCUGAGCCUGGAUGACGUGAAACGCCAUGCUCCUUGCGAGAACCUUCGCACGCCGUCCACAUAUCCCGGGAACAUGCUACCUCAUCAUCCAGGCCAGGGAAACUUUGAAGACUUCACUUGCUGAGCAGACCUUGCUGAAACAUCAAAGUGCACGUUAUGCAACCAAAGCCAACAGUACAGCAAGAACUAUCCAGAGAGUACGCGAGGAACUAAUCCAAUCAAGCAGAGGCACUUUUUAUACCAAACUGAGGGGGGGAAAAAGGGGGCUAAAUUCAACAUGACAAAGAAUUUUCACCCAAAGGCCAAGCGAAGAAAAAAGCCCUGAAUCUUUCAAAUGAAUCUGUUCGUUUUUAGGAGGACAUUUCAUGCACUCUUUGUGUUUUUCUCUGGAAUACUGCCACAAAAGAUUCUCGUGGAUCUUUCUUUAAGCAGACGAAAAAUAAAACAGUUACAAAUGGUUAACAGGAGUGCAAUUCUCUCACUCCAGCAGCAGCAGCAGAUGAGAAAACCUGCUAAAGUGACAAUAUUCAUUCUGCUCUCCACUCUACAUGUAGCAACAAGUGAACCUGUUGCAGUGCAUCAUGGGAAAGGGAAAAAAAUAGAUAAUACAAAACGUAGUUUGUUUCAGAAUGUAUCUUCAUUCACUGUGAGUGCAGCCAAGCGCGAUGGAUGACCUUUUAACAGUUCAUGGUUCCAACAGCAGAGAUGGUGAAAAUUUCAGGUUUCAUCCUCAUGUAAUUGCAUGCUUGUAUCUGUCCGGCGCAUGUUUUUCAUUUCAUUUCUGAUUCUGAUUCAUUUACAUAUCUUUAUAUAAUCUAGACUGUAUAUAUAUAUACAUAAACAUAUAAAUACCAAAUUUGCCUCAAUGGUUAACAGGAAAAGUAAAUGACUCCUCUCAUAAAUGGCUCAUUGUAUGUUGAAAGUAUGAUUCCUGAUUUUUUUUAUUUUUUUUUAACAUUAGUGCCCCAAUUGGAGAGUGGAAGAACUGCACCUAAAUGCAUUGAUUAUAAUUUUAUUGCAUUUUAUGGCAGUUGGUGUUUUCAUUUUCACAUGUGCCCGAUGACUUUUCACUCAAAAUGAAGUGUGUUGUUUCUGUGAUGUUUUAUUUUAUUUGUAUUUUUUUUGUCAGGUUUUAUUUUUCUUUUCAACAAUUUGUUGAUGACAUUUUUGAGAGUUUUGUAAGGCUGUCAAAAAAAUCUGUAUCUGUGCUCCAAUUGCAAAAGUCUUAUAAAAGCACAAUGCCGCCUGUAUGUAGAGGUGAUGUAAAAGAAAACGUACUAUUCUUCUUGCUAUAUUGUCAUAUUAAUAAUAUCGUGUUGACCUGACUGCUUUUCAUUGUUUUGUUUUCUUUUUGUUGUUUUUUUUUUCUUUUUUUUAAUAAAAAAAACAUGCUCUGUAUAGCCUGAGUAUUAUGUCGUCAUCCUCCAGGCUAAAAGCUAAUCUAUUUAGUUAUGAAAGCAUAAAUAAAUGUAAAUAUCAUUUUGGAAAAUG